AUGUUUUAUGUUGAUACUCUAGGAUCAUAUAAAAGUUCGGAUUACAGAGAAGAUGUAUGGAAAGAAAUAGCUAAUGAGCUUAAAGCUGACGCUUCUGAAAAACGUACACAUGUACCUUCAGAAAAUAAAAAUGAUAUUGACGAUAAACUUAUAAAUCUCAUUACGAAAGAUGUUGAUAUCGAUGAACAAUUUCUGUUAAGUCAUCUUCCAGCAUUAAAACAAUUGAUCACAAAUGAGGAAAUCAAAUUCAAAUUCAAAAAUGGCUAUCAAGAAUUUUGGCUGCAAAAGCCAAUCAUGAAACUGUACCCUAGUUUAUGGUCGAUUGUUCAACGAUUUCUGAUAGCAUUCCCAUCAUCGUAUUUGUCUGAACGUGGAUUUAGUGCUGUAGCAACACUGCUAACAAAAAAGAGAAAUCGGUUGCUUGUUACUGAACGCGGUGAUUUACGGCUGUUUUUGAGUAAAUUUGAGCCACCUAUUAACAAACUCGUUAAUGCGCAUCAAGUUCAUCCAUCACAUUAA